UUUGGACGUGCUUCUAUGAAGAAAUGCCACGUGUCUCAACUGGUCCAAGAACAAACAUGUCCAGACUACUGCCACCUUAGGGGACUAAGGUUUGGUGACAGCACUUCCCGGGGAAUCAGGCGUGGUCUGACCCAGGAACAGGAAGCACAUCAUCACCAAUGACACCAUGACAGCAAGAGAGCACAGCCCUCGCCAUGGCGCCAGGGCCCGUGCGAUGCAGCGGGCUUCCACCAUUGAUGUGGCAGCCGACAUGCUGGGCCUCUCUCUGGCCGGAAAUAUACAAGAUCCAGAUGAGCCCAUUUUAGAAUUCAGCUUAGCUUGCAGUGAGUUGCAUACUCCAUCACUAGAUCGAAAACCAAAUAGUUUUGUAGCAGUGAGCGUCACCACCCCUCCUCAGGCAUUCUGGACAAAACACGCGCAGACGGAGAUCAUCGAGGGAACCAACAAUCCUAUAUUUCUAAGCAGUAUUGCCUUCUUUCAAGACUCUCUUAUCAAUCAGAUGACCCAAAUCAAACUCUCCGUGUAUGAUGUCAAAGAUCGAUCUCAGGGAACAAUGUAUUUACUGGGUUCUGGAACAUUCAUUGUCAAAGAUCUGCUCCAGGACAGGCAUCAUAGGUUGCAUUUAACACUAAGAUCUGCGGAGAGUGACCGCGUGGGUAACAUCACCGUGAUCGGCUGGCAGAUGGAGGAGAAAUCAGACCAGCGGCCCCCUGUGACCCGGUCUCUGGACACCGUCAAUGGGAGGAUGGUUCUCCCCGUUGAUGAGAGCUUGACAGAGGCGCUGGGAAUCCGAUCCAAGUAUGCUUCGUUGCGAAAAGACACUUUACUGAAAUCAGUGUUCGGCGGCGCCAUCUGCCGCAUGUACCGGUUCCCCACCACGGAUGGCAACCACCUGCGGAUCCUGGAGCAGAUGGCGGAGAGCCUGCUCUCCUUGCACGUGCCCCGGCAGUUCGUGAAGCUCCUGCUGGAAGAAGACGCGGCCAGAGUGUGUGAGCUGGAGGAGUUGGGGGAUCUGUCCCCUUGCUGGGAGAGCCUCCGGCGCCAGAUUGUCACUCAGUACCAGACCAUCAUCCUCACGUACCAGGAGAACCUGACUGACCUCCAUCAGUACAAAGGUCCCUCGUUUAAAGCGAGCAGUUUGAAAGCAGAUAAAAAGUUAGAAUUUGUUCCCACAAACUUGCACAUACAGAGGAUGAGAGUUCAAGACGAUGGGGGGUCAGAUCAGAACUACGACAUUGUCACCAUCGGGGCACCAGCUGCGCACUGCCAAGGUUUUAAGUCAGGAGGUCUCCGCAAAAAGCUGCACAAAUUUGAAGAGACCAAGAAGCACAGUUUUGAGGAGUGUUGUACACCAUCCAGCUGCCAGUCCAUAAUCUACAUACCACAGGACAUCAUCAGAGCCAAGGAGAUCAUUGCCCAGAUCAAUACCCUGAAAACCCAAGUGAGUUACUAUGCAGAGCGGCUCUCGAGGGCGGCCAAGGACAGGUCUGCCACUGGCCUCGAAAGAACCCUCGCCAUCCUGGCAGACAAGACCCGGCAGCUGGUCACCGUGUGCGACUGCAAGCUGCUGGCCAACUCCAUCCACGGGCUGAACGCGGCGCGGCCCGACUACAUUGCCUCCAAGGCCUCCCCCACGUCGAGUGAGGAGGAGCAGGUGAUGCUUAGGAACGACCAGGACACCCUCAUGGCCAGGUGGACGGGGAGGAACAGCCGGUCUUCUCUGCAGGUGGACUGGCACGAGGAGGAGUGGGAAAAAGUGUGGCUGAACGUCGACAAGAGCCUGGAGUGCAUCAUUCAGCGGGUGGACAAGCUGCUGCAGAAGGAGCGCCUGCAUGGCGAAGGCUGUGAGGAUGUCUUCCCGUGCGCGGGCAGCUGUACCAGCAAGAAAGAUUGCAGCCCCCCUCCUGACGAGUCCAGCCCAGGUGAAUGGAGCGAGGCCCUUUACCCCCUGCUGACCACCCUCACAGACUGCGUGGCCAUGAUGAGCGACAAGGCCAAGAAGGCGAUGGUCUUCCUGCUUAUGCAGGACAGUGCUCCCACCAUAGCCACGUACCUGAGCCUGCAAUACCGCCGUGAUGUGGUCUUCUGCCAAACCCUGACUGCUCUCAUCUGUGGCUUCAUCAUCAAGCUGAGGAACUGCCUGCAUGACGACGGCUUCCUGCGGCAGCUCUACACCAUCGGGCUGCUGGCCCAGUUCGAGAGCCUGCUGAGCACCUAUGGUGAGGAGCUGGCCAUGCUGGAGGACAUGAGCCUUGGAAUCAUGGACCUGAGGAACGUGACCUUCAAAGUCACUCAGGCCACGUCUAAUGCAUCGACUGACAUGCUGCCUGUCAUCACUGGAAAUCGUGAUGGGUUUAACGUGCGGAUCCCACUACCGGGCCCCCUGUUUGACGCGCUGCCCCGGGAGAUCCAGAGCGGCAUGCUGCUGCGGGUGCAGCCCGUCCUCUUCAAUGUGGGCAUCAACGAGCAGCAGACACUGGCCGAGAGGUUUGGCGAUACAUCUUUACAAGAAGUUAUCAACGUGGAAAGUUUGGUGCGGUUAAACUCCUACUUUGAGCAGUUUAAGGAGGUUUUGCCUGAGGACUGCCUACCUCGAUCUCGGAGCCAGACGUGCCUGCCGGAGCUGCUGCGUUUUCUGGGCCAGAAUGUACACGCCAGGAAGAAUAAGAACGUCGACAUUCUCUGGCAAGCCGCUGAGAUCUGCCGCCGCCUUAACGGGGUCCGGUUCACCAGCUGCAAGAGCGCCAAGGACCGCACGGCCAUGUCGGUGACGCUGGAGCAGUGCCUGAUCCUGCAGCACGAGCACGGCAUGGCCCCGCAGGUGUUCACCCAGGCGCUGGAGUGCAUGCGCAGCAUUGGAACACGGGAGGUAGUCACCCAGAAGAACUUGAGCGGCCUGGUGCCCAUCCGAGACUUAAGACUAGAUCCCAGCCUCCUCUGUUCCAUCCCUUUGUUAGCCCUGAGCCCCAAUUUACUGAUUGUGUGGCUCUUCCUGAGCAUAGCAUACCUGGUGACCAAAUUGCGUUGCAAAUGAGUACCAUUGCGAAAAAUCAGUACUAAGUCACAAGAAAAACAAAAGUGCCAGAAUAUGUCCAGCCACCUGUGUAC